AAACGAAUAUCAAAAACCAAAGAUGUAAAUGGCAGUGCUGCGCGAUCCGUGUAUCAAAAUGAUCAAUAAAGCCUGGGAUUGCCACGCGAGACGCAGCCGUGAACGUCGUGAUCAGCCGCUUUUUUCCCAUCGAUUUGUGUAUGCGCGAAUAAUCGGAGAAAUGAAGCGGGAAAACAGUGACUCAGCUUGCAAUGGGUAAAUAUUUCCGAGGAACGGAACGGCCGACGAGGAGACGGCGAAUCAACUUGAGGACUUGGAACCUCGCGAGGAUGCGGGACCGGCUCUCGUGGUACAUGGUCUUCUUGAUUCUGCCGACAAUCCUUUUGGCGAGGUCGCUCGAUAAAGAUCGACGCGUGCCCUACAACAUCCCGUCGGAUUGGAAGGCCCUUUGGUUCAGCAAUCUCGACGAACUGCAGAGAGUGAACGAGGCGAACGACAACAACACCGUUUCUAAUGUCACGGUACAAUUGGGUGGCACUGCCUUCCUGCACUGCAAAGUUCGCAAUUUGGCGGAGAGGACCGUUUCCGAUGCCGAGAUAUCGUGGAUUCGGCGACGUGACUUUCACGUUUUAACAAGCUCGAUGUUCACAUACACGAACGACGAGCGAUUUCAAGUACUGCAUCCCGAGGGCUCGGACGAUUGGACCCUUCAAAUAAAAUACGUCCAAGAAAGAGACAAUGGGACGUACGAGUGUCAGGUCUCGAGAAGUGCAGGGAUACUGUCACACUUUGUCAAUCUAAAUAUAGUGAUACCAGAGGCGUUUAUAUUAGGAAGCGACGAGCAUCACGUCGACGUAGGGUCUAUCAUAAAUCUCGUGUGCAUAAUAGAGAAGAGCCCGACGCCGCCGCAAUACGUGUUCUGGUAUCACAAUAACCGGAUGAUAAACUACGACACCACGCGCGGCAGCGUGACCGUACAAACCGAUCCAGGACCAACUCAAAGCCGACUGACGAUUCGCCAGGCAGUGGAGGCGGACACGGGCAAUUACACGUGCAGCGCCUCCAACACCAAGCCGGCAUCGAUCUUCGUCUUCGUCACCGAAGGUGACAAGAUGGCAGCGAUACAACGUCGCAAAACGUCGGCAGCGAAGAGGAAUCUGGCGGGAGUGCUGGUACCGGUGGUACUCGUCGUAGCGGGCGUCGUUUUAGCGCGAUAAGCGUUUUACUUCGAAAAUGUCCAUAACUAUUACGUCAUUACUUCCGUUUGUGAUAGAUAGGAUAUUAUCCUACCCCCUCCUCUUUUCCCCUCCGGGACUUUACGGUCCGCUCAUCCUCCCUCCCUUCUUUUUCAUCUUUUCCAACAACCCCAUCCCACCCCACCCCUCCCCCCCAGGCUCCAUACUCUCUCCUCAUCCAUUCCUCGCGGGUCUCCUUUCCUCCUCAAACCACGCUCCCGUCUUCCAUUCCAUCUUCCAACCCACCCUUCCCUCACCAUCCUCACUCGUCCCUCUUAUUCUUUAUUUACUUUAGUCGAAGUUGCCGCCGGCUGGACUACUUAGAUAUGCGAGAUUUUCGUGGAAGAUUGCGCGAUUGCCUGCUCCAAGUCAUUACACGCGACGCGCAUGCGACUCGAAUUAUGUAAAUACUUACUGCCCGGGUCGAAUACGCCACAACGAGGCGGAUUACGUUAGGCAAGGCCUGUCCAACUUCCGGGGCGCCGAUCUGCUGAUCGUCCGUUUUCGACAGACCAGGUUUCGGGCCGGUCGGAUGGAAAAUUCACGCGGUCAGUGCAAACGAAUCGAUCGUGUCGCUAACAAGGUGAGACUGUAUGUAUCUCGGAAAUCGAAAUAAUUGAUUAGGUGGGUUCCAAAAGCACAGACCUGAUAGAUGUGUGCAUGUGUGAUACAUGUCUAUGCGUCGCCCAUAUCUGUUACAAACACUGCCCUUCCUUUUAAGAACACUUUUUACAUUAUUUAGAUUU